GCUGGCUCACUUUUCUGGGAGGAAUUCGAGAGAGGAAGUUCACCAGAAACACUCAGGAUAAAAGGUGCUGUUUCCUCUUAGAGAGGCAGAUGGCCCAAGAGAGAGCCAGGAUCUUUGUCUGAAGUCCUCCUGCUGCAAAACGGAGUCAAUAACAUGUUUUCCAUCUCGGUGGUGGCCAUGACCUGGCUGGUCCUCCUGAGGGCCUUCUCUGCAGCUCUGGAUCCGGCCCUGGAGCAGGCUUGGAAUGACUGGAAGAGCACCCAUAAUAAAGUCUACUCUAAGGAGGUGGAGGAGGCCUUCCGUAGAGGCAUCUGGGAAAAGAAUCUGAAAACGAUCGAACAUCAUAACUGGGAGGCUUCCCUGGGGCAACACACCUACGAGCUGGGCAUGAACCAGUUUGGAGAUUUGACUAAUGAAGAAUUUAAUCGGAAGAUGAACGGCUUCCGUCCUGACUUGGAUGAAGCACCUGGUGAGAACGUGACCUUCUUCCAAGAAUCUACCAUGCUGGAGACUCCUAAGCAGGUGGACUGGCGCACCAAAGGCUAUGUCACCCCAAUAAAAGACCAGAGUGUCUGCGGGUCGUGUUGGGCUUUCAGUGCCACCGGAGCCCUGGAAGGUCUACAUUUUAAGAAGACAGGCAAGCUAGUCUCAUUGAGUGAACAGAACCUCGUGGACUGCUCCUGGAAGGAAGGGAACGAGGGAUGCGGAGGAGGGUGGAUGAACUGGGCCUUCAAGUACGUGCGGAUUAACAAGGGCAUAAACUCCGAAAGUACCUACCCAUAUGAGGCAGAGGACGAACCCUGCCGUUUCAACCCUUCGGACCGAGCGGCCACGUGCACUUCCUUCAAAAACAUUGCAAAGGGGAGUGAGAAAGCCCUGGAACAAGCUGUGGCCAAGGCUGGCCCGGUUUCCGUUGCUGUGGAUGCGAGCACCUUCCAGUUCUACAAGUCAGGAAUUUAUUUUCUCAAGGGGUGCUUCCAAAUGUUGAACCAUGGCAUGUUGGCAGUGGGCUAUGGCACCCUCAAGGAAGACAGAAAAAUAAAAAAUUAUUGGAUCCUGAAGAACAGCUGGAAUACUUCUUGGGGCGAGAAAGGUUACAUGCGGCUGGCAAAAGGAUACCACAAUCAAUGUGGAGUAGCAAGCCAUGCCAGCUAUCCCACCCUGUAAUCAGCCAAGGAUCCUUCCUUCUGCGACCUCCUCAACUUACUGUAAAUGCUCCAAGCCUUCGACUGGCAAGUUGCUUCUGCUUUCACCGGUUUCCACGCUGCGGAAAUGACUUCCUGCAGAGCUGAAAUUCCAAAUAUCUGAAUCUGUUCAACGAGGGCUCCAUAUUCUGGAGCAGUCCAUAAAAGCCUGCAUUUUGCUGAAGCUGGUCUACAUUCUGAUGAACUUUUGAUACACUUGACAUUCCCCUGGACCUUGCACCAUAUCGGAACCUGGGAAUCAAAAUAUUGAAACAGUUGGCUUUAGUUGCAGUACAGACACUCACUUGAAGAACUUGACCAGUUCAGGCAUUUGGAGCUGGUUUAGAUUCAUUUCGUGCAAAAGCAUACCAAGCUCUUCUGCUUUCAGUGUGACCCUACAAAAUGAACAGAGUGUCCACCACUGAAUGUGAUGAGAUAAAUAAAUAAUAUAUUGCCUUUUAAAAGCAAGGUGUUCUUGCAGAGCCUCCCACAAGUGGGUAGGAUGAGGAUCCAGUCUUCCGCCCUGUGCCAUUUUUGGAAGGGUGGCAUAGAAGUCGAAUGAAUAAACAAACAAACAAAUGUGGAAUUGGGGUGGGGGGCUUUGGCAGUCAUCUUUGGAACAAGAAUUGGUUGUUACCAGUGUCCGCCUUGGGACUGGCUCAUCAGCUUUGGGGAUCUGGAAUCAUGUGGUCUGCUUUUUAUGACCUGCUUUCCAUGUGUGGUAAAGGUAAAGUGUGCUGUCGGGUCGGUGUCGACUCCUGGCAACCACAGAGCCCUGUGGUUGUCUUUGGUAGAAUACAGGAGGGGUUUACCAUUGCCAUCUCCCAUGCAGUAUUUGUUUAAUUUAUUUAUUUUUACACUUAUAUCCCGCUUUUCCUCUGAGGAGCUCAGAGUGGUGUACAUGGUUAUUUUUAUCCUUACAACAACCCUGUGAGGUAGAUUAGGCUGAGAGAUACGUGACUGGCCCAGAGUCACCCAGUGAGUUUCAUGGUUGAAACUCAGGUCUUCCUGGUCCUAGUCCAACACUCUAACCACUACACUAUGCUGGUGCUCUUCCUAUAUCGCUGCUGCCCUAUAUCUAAUGACUUGAAUACCAAGCCAGAGGUUCCCGGUUCAAAUCCCUGCUGGUGUGUUUCCCAGACUAUGUUUCCCAGACUCUGGGAAACACCUAUAUCAGGCAGCAGCAAUAUAGGAAGAGAUUUUUAUAGAGAUUUUUAUACUAGGCGGUAUAUACAUUCAAUAAAUAAACAAGAUGCUGAAAGGCAGGCAUAAUCUCAUACUGCGUGGGAGAUGGCAAUGGUAAACCCCUCCUGCAUUCUACCAAUGCCCUCAGAGCUGGAUUGAACUAGAGUUGACAGAUUUGUAUAUUUCCCCCUCCUUCUCUGCCUUCCCAUGUGAUCGGAUCCAGAGUACAAUCCGGGCAAUCUGGACAGCACAUUUGAAAUCUGCGUAAAUCAAGGUGGAAUUUAGCAGCAGCCGGAUGGAAGAGCGAAAAUCCGGGCGCUACCCUAAAUUCCGGGGGACAUGGCAACCCGAGAUUGAACACUACGUGCAGAAAGAAACGUUGGUGUUGCUCCUGUGUGAGCUUAUAGGAUUGCGGAGCUGGCUCUGUUUCACCUUUGGAUAUUCCUGUUGCUGUCUAUAAGGGUUUGGUUUCCUUUCUUUAAAUAUACGUAAAAGUCUUCUCUUCCUGGGGUGAGGGAAGCCUUUGAAACCCUGCGAUGCUCUCUUCUCUGCCCCCCCCCCCCACGGAGGUCUCUUUGAUUUUUCCUUCUUCUUGCUCAUGGUGAUACUUCAGCACUUUGUGGCUGAGUUGCAGGCUUGCACUUUUUUGUCAAGUAGCAGGUUCUGGUCCUGCAGGCAGCACCAGAGAGAAGUGGAGAUGGAAGCCAGAGCGAGGAAGAACAGCAGGGAAGCGCUUCCCAUCCGGUCCUUAUGAUGUGUUUUAGAAAACCAAAGUAACUCCAUUUUACUUAGAAAACCUCAGUCUGACUUAAAGUAACCCCAGCCCAGCUCAGAGCCAUCAUGGCCUCUCAUGAUCAACAUCAUUAUCUCUCUCCACUAAAUUGUAUCUAAGGAAACUUGGUUCUCACAGGAUUCUCACUGUUCUUUGCUGACAACUAAGAAAACAGGAUGUAACCAAAUAAGGAGUAAUCACCAGAUGAACAUUGAAUCAUUCGCAUGCGUACUAGAUACUUAGUCCACCAUUUUAUUGCCACGUAUACUAUGUCUAGGGUGUCAGCAUCAUUCAGAUUGUCUGUAUAAAUGUAAGAUGCACCUAUAACCAAUUUGUAUUCAGUGCAGAGCCAAAGCCCACUGAUUACCUGUUGCAACUGCAGUGCAAUAAAAGCCUCAAAAGUA